CUUUCUCAAUACAUCUAAUCCCGCUUCAUGUUUUCUCUUUUAUCAACCAAGAAAUGAAAAUGUGAGAGAGAAAUAAAAUAAUUUAAAGUCAUCAUUAGACUUUAAAAAACAACCUCGUAGCUUCCAGACACAUACACACAACAAAGCCCAUAACUUUGAGUGGCCCAAAUCAUUUUUGCUCACUACAACAAAGCUCCCUUAAAACACUUUCCUCUCAAAACAAGUCUCAGCAAUGGCAACUCGUCCACUCGUUCUUGUCUCCACCACAAGAGCGACCCUUCAUCUCCUUCUCCAAUCUCCAAAGAGAUCCUUCACUUCGUUUUUAUCAUCUCCCGCCGUGAGAAGCUCCAGUACGAGAUGCGUAAGCGCCGUUUUGUCUCGUGGAGAGUCUACCACGCCGUCGUUGAUUUACGGCAACGGAGUUUUCAGGGCUUCUGGGUUUGGUGCUGUUAACAUUCGCAGCCGGAAUCUGAGUACUAGAUCCUCUCAAAUCAACGAUGCUGGGUCGAUUGAUCAAACCCUUAUGCAAUCCAUGGAGCAAAAGAUCAAAGAACAAUUGAAUGCAGAGUCUGUUUCUGUCAAGGAUAUGUCUGGAGAUGGUCGCCACGUUUGCAUCAAUGUGGUAUCAUCGGCUUUUGAGGGACAAUCUGCAGUGAACAGACAAAGGAUGGUCUACAAAGCCAUUUGGGAGGAGCUUCAGAACGUAGUUCAUGCCGUUGAUCAAAUGACAACAAAGACUCCUUCCGAAGUUUGAAGCUUCAAGUUUUUAAUGACACGAAGCCAAAUCUAUUAUUUGAACAGCGGACAAAGCUGUUUUGUUUUAUCAAAAACAAAUUUGGAUGUUUAUUUUUGUUGUUGAUGUUGGUGUGUUAUCCGACUACGUGACAUUGAUACACUAAAAUUGGAUCUUUGCUACUGUCAAGUUAACAGUAUAGUUGUAAUAUCUUUAGAUUCAAUUCCAGAAGACCGGUUCACAUUUUA